UGCCGAGGGUCUCUCAUGAAGCCGGAAGGUUUGGUCAAAGGUCCCCAAGAUGGACCCACCCCCAGAGAGGAGUUACUACCUCAAGCAAGAGAGUUCAUCAACCUGUACUACAGUUCCUUUAAAAAACCAAGAACAGAAGAGCAUCUGGCACGGCUGGAUGCAGUCCACAGGGAGAUAGAAACAACCGGAACCUACCACUUGACCAAGGAGGAGCUUGUCUUUGCGGCCAAGCAGGCCUGGAGAAACGCCCCACGAUGCAUCGGGAGAAUCCAGUGGUCCAAUUUACAGGUGUUCGAUGCCCGGAACUGUGCUACCGCCGAGGAGAUGUUUGAACACCUGUGUCAGCAUCUGAAGUAUUCUACCAAUGGAGGGAACAUCAGGUCUGCAAUCACUGUCUUUCCCCAGAGGACUGAUGGGAAACACAAUUUCCGUAUAUGGAACAGCCAACUCCUCCAAUACGCCGGCUAUCAAAUGCCAGAUGGGUCUGUGGUAGGGGAUCCAGCCAAUGUCGAAUUCACACAGUUAUGUAUCCAGCUUGGUUGGAAGCCCAAAUAUGGCCGCUUUGAUGUGGUGCCACUGGUCCUCCAAGCCAACGGCCAAGACCCGGAACUAUUUGAACUGCCGCCAGAUCUUGUCCUUGAAGUGCCGAUGGAGCAUCCCACCUAUGAGUGGUUUAAAGACCUGGACCUGAAGUGGUACACAGUUCCAGCGGUCUCUAACAUGCUGCUGGAGGCCGGAGGCUUAGAGUUCACUGCGUGCCCGUUCAACGGGUGGUACAUGGGUUCCAAGAUCGGGGUUCGAGACUUCUGUGACACACAACGCUACAAUCUUCUGGAGGAAGUGGGGAGGAGAAUGGGCCUAGAAACGAACAAGCUUUCUUCACUGUGGAAAGACAAGGCUCUGAUAGAGGUGAAUAUUGCCGUGCUGCAUAGCUUUCAGAAACAAAAUGUCACCAUCAUGGACCACCAUUCAGCCGCCGAAUCGUUCAUGAAGUACAUGCAGAACGAAUACCGGAUCCGAGGGGGGUGUCCGGCUGACUGGGUUUGGCUCGUGCCUCCCAUCUCUGGCAGCAUCACUCCCAUCUUUCAUCAGGAGAUGUUGAGUUACGUCCUCUCUCCUUUCUACUAUUACCAGGUGGAUGCCUGGAAAACCCACGUCUGGAAAGACGAGAGACGCAAGCCGAGGAAAAAAGAGAUAAAAUUUCGCGUCUGGGCCAAGGCUGUGCUUUUUGCAUCCUUGCUGAUGCGGAGGGCGAUGGCUCUCAGAACACAAGUCACCAUCCUCUAUGCAACCGAAACGGGGAAAUCCGAAACCCUGGCCCAGAAUCUGGCAUCUCUCUUCAACUGUGCUUUCAGUACCAAGGUGGUUUGUAUGGAAGAUUUUGAUCUAAUGGACCUAGAGAAGGAAAGUCUCCUCCUGGUGGUGACCAGCACUUUUGGGAAUGGUGACUCUCCAAGCAAUGGGAAAAAAUUUCAGAAUGCCCUGCUGACGAUGAAAAGCCUGAAUAAAAAAUUCAGAUUCGCCGUCUUCGGCUUGGGUUCAAGCACGUAUCCAGAAUUCUGUGCCUUUGCGCACUUGGUUUAUCAGAAGCUCAGUCAACUGGGGGCCUCUCCGGCUGUGCCGAUGGGCGAAGGGGAUGAACUCAACGGGCAGGAAGAGGCAUUCCGGCUCUGGGCAGUGAAUACAUUCAAGAUUGCCUGUGACCUUUUUGACGUCCGUGCAAAGCACAGGAUCCUCUUACCCAAGGCAUACACCUGCAGCGAGACCUGGGACCCCAAGGACUUCAGGGCGGUCUGUGACUCCCAGCCACUGGAUCUGCGAAAAGCUCUUGGCGUCAUGCAUGGGAAACACGUCGUUCCAAUGACGCUCAAGGGCCGGGAGAAUCUGCAGAGCCCCAAGUCCAGCCGUGCUACCCUCUUAAUUAAGCUUUCCUAUGAGGCUAAUUGGGAAGUCCAGUAUCUCCCUGGAGACCAUCUUGGGAUCUUCCCUGGCAACCAGAAAACUCUCGUGGAUGGUCUCAUCACACGUGUUGUGGACGCUCCUCCGCCGGAUGAGAUCAUCAGGCUGGAAAGGCGUAGUGACCGUGGCUUCUGGACCGCUGACAAGCGCUUCCCAGCCUGUACCUUCUCCCAAGCACUGAUGCACUUCCUGGAUCUCACCGCCCCGCCUUCUCAACGCUUGCUGCGGACGCUUUCCCAGCUGGCCCAGGAGGAAGGCGAAAGAGAGAGGCUGGACCUCUUAGGCCAUAACCUGGGAGAAUACAACCAAUGGAAGUUUCACCACAGCCCCACCAUCUUGGAGGUCCUGGAGGAGUUCCCCUCCAUCAAGAUCUCAGCCAAUUUCUUGCUGUCUCAGCUGCCUUUGUUGAAACCUCGUUACUACUCCAUCAGUUCCUCGCAAGACUGGGCGCCUGGAGAACUUCACCGCACCGUGGCCGUGGUCUCCUACAGGACAAGAGAUGGAAAAGGUCCAGUGCACCAUGGCGUCUGCAGCACCUGGUUGAACACUGUCUGCCUGGAAGAGACGAUUCCCUGUUUUGUGCGCAGGUAG